AUGUUUCGUGUGAGCAUUCUGAUCGCCAUCGGCUUGGCCACUUCGGCUCUCGGGUGGAUUAAGGUUCCCGAUAAUUAUCCUGGACGCAUCAUAGGCGGUCAAGAUGCGGCACCGAACCAGUUUCCGUACCAAGCGUCUUUAAGGGAUGAUACCAUGUUUCAUUUCUGUGGCGGAACGAUCAUCAACAACUGUUAUAUUUUGUCGGCGGCACACUGUGAUGUGGAUGGAACAGUUACGAAGUUUGUAGUGGUGGGAUCAAUUUUCAAAGAUAAUGGAGGUGUUACACACGAUGCGAUUCGAGUCAUCAACCAUCCAGCUUACAAUCCUGUUACUGUGGAAAACGAUAUCAAUCUGAUAAAGGUGAGCCCCUACAUCACCUAUAACGCGGCGGUGCAACCGAUGCCGAUUGCUGCACAUUUUGCUGAGAGUGGUCAGGCCGUUGUUUCUGGAUGGGGUCGUCUUGAGACUGACGGAGACCGUCCGAAUCAUCUGCAAUUCCUCAACACGGAGAUUAUUUCUUUUGAAGAUUGUUACGAUCGCUGGUCCGAUAUCACACAAUCGUUAGUAAUAGUCAACAGUAAUAUAUGCACCAUCAAUCCGGAUGGUCAAGGUGCUUGUCAGGGAGAUUCGGGUGGCCCACUGGUGCACAACGGAGGACUACACGGUGUAGUCUCAUGGGUUCCGACACCCUGCGGAGCUCCGCGUCCUGACGUGUACACUCGGGUUGCCUCCUAUGUCACCUGGAUUCUCACCAAUGCUGUUUAA